AACUGUUCCCUUAGGGUUUCCAAGGUUCCAAUCUGCUUUAUGGAAGUAGACUGCUACAUCUUUCCAGUAGACCAGUUAGUGGGUUCAAACCACUGACCUUUUGGUUAGCAACAAAGUGCUUUAACCACUGCACCACCAGGGCUCCUUCAACAGCAACAGGAAGCACCAUAAAUAGCUGCUUCUUCAGGCCAUUUCCCAGCAGAUCUGGGGUAUUUUCACUGAGGAAGAGGCAUCAGGGAAACUUAUCUGUCUAAAAAAUGGCUUGUGUGUGAAGAUAGUCAUCAAUGCCAUGCGUCAACCCAGCUUAACUGCAUCUGGAGCACACUGUGAGAAGAAGUCCGCCAAGUCCUGAUAUAAAAGUAAUGUUCAUCACUGGAUAGCCCAGUUAAUUAAAAAAAUGGACACGAGAAAUACGAGCAGAGCAGACUUUGCUCUCCCAAACCCACAAGAGCAAAGUGUGUCUGAAAUUGAAGUCUCAGAAGUAGCUUUCCACGACAACCCCAUAUUGGAGAAGGCUGCCCCAUCCGCACCACAACGUACAUGGCUGACAUUUUUGAAGAAGGAGCUGGAAUUCCUGGGGGUAACACAAAUUCUGAUUGGUUUCAUAUGCCUUUUCUUUGGAACAAUUGUCUACUCCAUAUUCAAUAUUUCGGAAUUUGAGGGAGAGGUUUUUUCAUCAUUUAAAAAAGGCUAUCCAUUAUGGGGAGCAGUAUUUUUUGCUAUUGCUGGAUUUUUGUCACUUAUACAUGAAAGGAAAAAUGCAAUGUAUCUGGUGAGUUGCAAUUCUUUGUCAAUCACUGAGAAGGUGGGAGGAAGACUGGGAGCAAACAUCGCCAGCAGCUUGGCUGCGGGAACAGGAAUUAACAUUCUGAUCAACAACCUAAAGGAGAGUUUGACUUAUCUCUACAGCUACUGCCUGGGAGUUGAACAAGAAGACAUUUGUUUUGUGGUCUCUUUUUCCAUUGAAAUGGUUUCGAUGCUCCUGCUUCUCACCCUUUUGGGGUUUUGCAGUGCUGUGUCACUUACGAUCUAUGGAGUUGGGGAAUUACUCAAAAGAGCUAAGGUUCCAGAAGAUGGUCUUUAUGAAGAAUUAAACAUAUACGCCCCAAUUUACAGUGAGCUGGAAGACCCAGAAGAAAUGUCUCCUCCCACUGAUUCAUAAGAAUUAGAACAUUCUGAUUCACAGUGAAGGAUGCAGAAAGCUAAGGUCUUUGUUUAAGGAACAGUUGGCAAAAUUUGUGUUUUCUUCUCAAUCUGCUGGUUUUACAUUAUGAUUUAUUCCCCAGAUGGCAGUAUUUUGUUUUUGCUGUUUUUGUUUAUCUAAAUACACUCCCUCCCCUCUUUGGUUACUAUACCAGUUGCCGUUGAGUCAAUUCUGACUCGUAGCGACCCUAUGUGUGUCAGAGUAGAACUGUGCUCCACAGGGUUUUCAAUGGCUGAUUUUCUGGAAGUAAAUUGCCAGGCUUUUCUUCUGAGUUUGGUUACUAUAUACCCCCUUUUCUCUUGUUUUCUAUUGCCAGGUCUCACUCAUCCCUCCUGGGAAGUUAACUUGUAAAAUCUAAGCAUGUAUUGUGUACCUAUAACUGUUCAAAGAGAGAAAACAAGGAAAGAUUGGGUUAAACUUUGACAAAUUAAUAAAAUUUUGUUCUUAGUUCUUUUUAGAAUUUAUAAUAGCAACAGAUGUACAUGAUACAUGUCCCUACUAGACUGUAUGCUCCUUGAGGGCGAGGUCCAUUCAGCAGAUAUUUAGGAAUAGCUGGUUAAGUGCUUGAGAUUGUCCACACCUGUCUCCUUCACAUUGCGUAGCUGAGUAUUUCACACAUAGUGCGGGCUCAAUAUGUAUUUGCGGAGUGGACAGAUGAAGAUUUAGGAAGGUAUACUACGAGGUCUACCAGGUCAGGUCAGAGGUAGACUGAAAAAGGAGAAAGAAAAGAUAGUGAAGUGAAUUUGAAGGUAACAACGAGGACAAAUUAGGUGUUAUUAGGAACAGGAUUAGGAGAUAGUCAAAUGUAGGUUUGAAUAAAGGUUCUGCAGGUGUGUAUUGAAUAAUUUUGGUGGGUCAGUAGCAGGCUUGCAACGAAUGCUUCUUGUAUUUGAUCUUAUUACAUGGAGACAAGCAACAUGGUACAUCAGAAAGAUCAUGGAAUUUAUAAAAGGCAGGGAGUCUGAAUUCAACCCCAGCCCUGCUGUUUAUUAGCUGAGUGAGUUGUGGCAAAUCAUUUAAUCUGUUACUUAAUUUGGGUUUCUUUAUUUGUAAAGUUAUUAGGGAUAAUUUCCCUGCCAGUAUUUAAGGUCUUUUUUGGGAAAACACACAUACAUACGCACUCACAUACUGUAAGUUGAAAGGGCUCUGAAAAAGGAAGGGAUUAUUGUAUAAAGUACAUAAUUUGCAUGUACAGGAAACAAUCUUCAAACAUAACUAAUACCUAAUUGUACAAAUUUUUAAUCCAUUUUAUUCUAACUUUAAAGUUACCCGUUCUUUAAUCUGUCUUCAAGUUUCUCUUUCGUAUGCUUGGUGAUUAGUCAUUUUACAUCAGCAUUGUUUGAAAUGUUCUGUCUUCUCUUCCAUGCUUGCUUGAGUUCUUUCCUUAUUAAAUGCCUGUCAUAAAUGCCACCUCAUUCUUUAAGCUUUUCUGGUCCAGAUUGUUCCUCUCUAGAUGAUGAGAUUUUUCAAACUAAAUAAUACAGUAUGUGUGUAUGUUAUGUAUAUAAUGCACACAUACCCAUGUAUACACACUCACACAUACAUAUAUAUGUAUUGCUUACACUAUGUAUAAUUUUUUGUAUGCCAAUAUUUCACCCACCAAUGAUAAUACAUUUUUGCAAAGACACCAACAAAGUAUCACAAAAAUCCAUGCAUCACCUGAUUUUGUGACACUCUGUUGGCGUCACAAAACAUUGCCAGACACUGCAUUGUUCAGUAAUGUUUGCAGAUUGAUGAGUAGCUUAUGGGGAGGUUAUUAAGUUAGUCAAUAUCCAAUGAGGUGGACUGGUAAACACAAACAGACUGUAAAUGGACGGAUCCUUUACUGUGGCACUUGGAUUAAAAUGAGAAUAAAUUGAUGAAGACCUGAGCUAAAAUGAAGUCAGUGGGAAUGAACAGAAAUGGUCAGAUCUAAAAGGUAAAGAGAAAGAAUAAAUGGUAACUCUUGUUAACAAGUUGAACUAAAGGUUAAAGUUAGACAAACAAUUGGUUGAUAAAUACAUUAAGUUCAUGAUCAAAGGGGGAACACUUGGUAAUGUGGAAAAAAUGAUAGGAAUUCAGAAUUACAGAUUGGUGAGGGAGAGGUACAGAUAGACCUAAAUUAAGCUCAAUUUUAGACUUUGAUUUUAAGGAAACUAAAGAGAUAUUCAGUUGGAGAGGGCCUGAAUACGUCAAUUAUAGAGCUCUGAUAAAGAAGAAAUUGGUGAUACAGGUUUAGCUUCAUUAUAAGACAGAUUGUUACUAAAUGAAGCAGAUUAACAUGCCAAAAGGAUUAUUUUAAAUAGGGGGGAAAGCCAAGCUAACCUUCACAUGACCGUAGUUACAGGGAAAAAUGAAGAAAAAAUCUAGGGUAGGAGAUAAGAGAAUUAAUCAUAAAAGUGCCUUGUGCAUAUAGUGGAUAGCCCAAAGUAGAGAGAGUUUCAACAAAGAGAGAAUAAUUAGCUAUCAAAUAUUAUAGAAACAGUAUCUGUUGGCUUGAGCAUGAGAAAAGUCCACAGUGAUAAAUCAGCUCCAGGACGGACAUGGAGAUGGGGUAGAGAAAUGGCAAUGAGUUAAUAAAUGCAAAAGUGAAGAGGAAUUCAAUACAGGGGCAUGACAAUGAACAAAUGACUAUGAUAUUUGCAGAAGCAUCGGCAGAGAAUGGGGGCAUAUGUGGUGCGAGGAAUAAGAUAAUGAAGAGAAAGCAGUGAAGAAAAAUUAGGCUAAGGACAAUGAUUUCGCUCCUGUUGAAAUUUUUGUUUUUAAGAAAAGGAAAAAUAGUAGAGUAGUUGCUUAAACCUAUUGCUGUUGAGUCAAUUCAGGCUCAUAGCGACCCUGAAGGACAGAGUAGAACUGCCCCAUAGGGUUUCCAAAGAACAACUGGUGGAUUCGAACUGCCAGCCUUUCGGUUAGCAGCCAAACUCUUAAACCACUGCAUCACCAGAGCUCCAGCAGUGGGCUAAAAGUUUUAACCUAAAUCAAAGAGCCCUCUGAUGGGCAUGAUGAUUCAGUUUGGGGGUAUUAGUCACAAUCAGUUAACACACUAAUUAGUUAUAUUUUAUGUACAGAGAAUGCCAAAAAUCAAAAGUGACAGGUAGAGGUUAAUUUCCUUAAAUUCUGAAAGUGACAACAACCCCAUACCAAGUGACUAAGUGACUUGGUAUGCUUUAACCUUAGUAUCUCAGGUUUUCUAUUUUCAUUUUUUCAAAUAAAAUUUUGCUUCUGAAAACUUGACUGCAGAAUAAAUAACAAAUCCUUUCAGUGUGGAGCUCCUAAGCUGAAUCUAGAUUCCUGAGCAGGUAUUAAUCACAUCACUUCCAUUACAUACAUACUCUUGCCCAAACUGCUAAGCCUGGUCUACCAAGACCUCUGAAAUGGAUCCAGUGUAGCUUUAAAACUGUAUAAUAGGUACCACCCUCUUUCUCCCACUCAAGGUUGACUGGGUAUUUCCUUCAUAUAUCACAAACAUUUUUGACUCAAAAUAAUGCUGAUAGCUGCCCACCCCGUGUGCCUUUUAUCACAUGCCCGCCUCGGGCAUACACAGAGUACUCACCUGGUUUGCGUUUCACAGUUUCAUUGGCCCCAAUUUAUCUUUCCGAAUUUCAACUUUCAUGUCACCUUCUCCUUGAAAUCCGCCUAGCAUAUACCUAUUCACCCAGGCUUAAUUUCUUGUUCCAUAACCACUUUACCUCCUGAUGCAAUAUACUAUCCUUUACUGUUAGUGUUCUUGUGAACUCCUUGGAGUGUCCUCAAUCACUAGUAUCUGUGCAAUAAAUUGGAAUAAUUUAAUUUGACUU